AUUGGAGAGGAGAAGCAACCUCAAUCUGUGCUGUACUCUACCAGUUCUCGUCGUGGGUCUCUCGCCCAUCCGGCCAUCCCCCCUCCCUGCGCGCCAUGGAGACCCAGGAGAUCGCCGCGGCAGCGCGCCACUUCUCCGCCAUGGCUCGAAUCGUCGGUCCGGACCCCAAGGCCGUGAAGAUGCGCCGCCACGCCUUCCACCUCCACCAUUCGGGGUCCACCACGCUCUCGGCGUCGGCUCUGCUCUUGCCGCGGGGCGCCCUGGCUGAGCCGCCGCCACUUCUCGACCAUAUCUGCGCGGUCCACGGGCACGUGGCAGGAGACGUCGCGCUCACGGCUGCUUCCCUCGUCGAGCCGUUCCUGGUCGCGGAGCAGCGGAAUAACUCCGGCGAGGUAGGAGCUUCAGCCGAGGUUGGUUCCGGAGGUGCGUCUUGAUGUACUUGUUGAGCAAGGGAGCGCUCAAGAUGGGAAGUCUGGACCUCCACGGUGGCUUCCAGCUCGAUUGCUUGCCAUGGUUGAUGUUCCAACAGCUGCUGAUUCUGCUUUAUCCUUACUGAGACAUGAAGAGUUCAUCAGAAGACCAACAUGGGAUGUAGGCUGGUCAUUGGCUGAUGCUAAUCAGAAACAGGUUGAAAAUGAUACCAGAUGUUCCCUCAAGUCUAACAGGAAUAAUGCAUCUAUUGAAUCAGUAGACCCAUUGAUGUUGUCCAAGUCUGCCACAAGAAUUGCUAUUCUAGGAAUUUCAACCUUCAACUCAAAUGAUGCAAGAUGUAUCAAUGUUUCAGUGAUGCAACAACGAGGGGACCCUUUGCUUAUUGUAGGAUCUCCAUUUGGCCUCAUGUCACCCUUCCAUUUCUUCAACAGUAUAUCAGUUGGUGCUGUUGCGAAUUGCCUUCCUCCAUGCACUGUGAGGAGCUCAUUGCUGAUGGCUGACAUCCACUGUCUCCCUGGCAUGGAAGGUGCUCCAGUGUUUGACCGAAAUUCUUGCCUUGUGGGGCUGCUGAUGAACCCAUUAAGACAGAAAGGCAGCAAUAUAGAAGUUCAGCUUGUGAUUACAUGGGAUGCAAUAUGCAUGGAAUGGAACAGCAAAAAACUGGACGAAAUUGGACGUGCCCCAAGAGAACUACCUAAUGGCAAAAAUACGGAUAGUAAAUCUAUGGAAUUACGGCAUGGAUACAACUAUGGGAGGUUUGUCUCUUCUAUGGUCAACAAAAUUAAUCAGCAUUGCAUAUCACCCCCUUUGCUCAGAGAGGCUAUAUCUGCAGUUGUUCUUGUCACGGUUAGUGAUACAUCUUGGGCUUCAGGGAUUGUUCUGAACAAAAGGGGUUUAGUUCUGACAAAUGCUCAUCUCUUGGAACCUUGGAGAUUUGGGAGAACUUCACCCUCAGAUUUACAAGCCUCAUUCACUGGAGAACAUCUCAAUGCUGGAGAAAACAAAUCAUCGCAGCCAGAAGGCAAAUUUUCCAAUGAAGAUGCUGUCAAUCAUAAUGUUUCAUUGUUUAACUUGGGUUUCAAAAGAGAGAAGAGAAUAUCUGUUCGUUUGGACCAUGCAGAGAGACAGAUAUGGUGCAAUGCUAGCGUGGUUUUCAUCUCAAAGGGUCCACUUGAUGUUGCAUUGCUUCAAAUAGAUAAGGUUCCAAUUGAAUUAAAUACAAUCAGACCAGAAUUUGUUUGUCCAACAGCAGGGUCAUCUGUUUAUGUUGUUGGGCAUGGCCUUUUUGGACCCCGAUCAGGCCUAUCCUCUUCUCUAUCCUCGGGGGUUGUGUCAAAGGUUGUCCAAAUCCCAUCAAAUCAACUUUCUCAUCUGGCCAGUGCUCUGGAGACUGACAAUAUGGACAUACCAGUAAUGCUGCAGACAACAGCAGCAGUUCAUCCAGGGGCCAGUGGUGGCGUUCUUGUUAAUUCACAUGGGCUAAUGGUUGGGAUAAUAACAAGUAAUGCUAAGCAUGGUGGUGGAAGCACAAUACCUCAUCUGAAUUUCAGCAUCCCCUGCAAAUUACUGGUUGCGCUCUUCAAGUAUUCAGCAAUUGGAAAGCUCGUGAUUUUGGAGCAGUUGGACAAACCAAAUGAAGUGCUCUCGUCAGUUUGGGCUUUGGCACCAUCAUCAUCCCCAUUUGUCAGCAGCUCCCCAGAAAAAGGCAAAGAGGAAAAGGUCUUGGAGUUCUCUAAGUUUCUUAGUGAUAAGCAACAAGCUCUGAAAUCUACUGCAGAUCUGAAGGAACUCUUUAGGUACAAGACUCCCAGCAAAAUAUAGAUUGCAUCCACUGGAAUUCUUACAAGGAAAAUAUUUCAAAACUUUGGCCGUGAAGUGCAGAAGUUGCUUUGUUGGAGGGACAUUGAACAGGGUUCAGAUUACCUAAAGAAAUGACAGGCUGUUAGCUAAAGGCUAAAGCUGUACUCUUUUUUUUUUCCUGGGCAAAGACCUUGUAAAGGAGCAUUCAGACAAGUUCAUACAUGGUUUUGAUCCCAGAAUUUUGUAUGAGACGUUUGAUCCCAGAAUUUGCCAGUACAUAAGGAGUUAUCAGAGCACAGUGAGCUUAUUUACAGAUGGUUAAGGCAUGAUGAUGCCACUGGGAAAGUGGGAAUGUAAUAAAUUUACAUAGGAACAGUUUUUACAAUUGAAAAUGACGACUACCAAUUCUUGUACUAGUUGGGAAGGAUAAUUGCCCUUUUUGUAAUUAUAUACCUGAGCAUGGUGUGUUCACCUAGUAUAGGCUGCUAAAGCCUUUAACAGUGAAAAUCAAGCCAGGUUGUGAUACCCUAUAAUACUUUGUGACAUUUUCAUCCAAGAUAUCAGAGGCAAUAUUUAUCCUA